CCGUCACGUGAGCGGCGGAGACGGCGGCCGGCGUAGCUCAUCGCCCGCGUGUCGCGUUCUCCUGCCGCUGCCGCCCCCUCCCUCGGAGCUGACGCCGCGGCCUGGCUCUGGGCACGCGGGAACCGGGCAGUCAGCUUCCCAUCAUGGACUGGCAGCCAGAUGAGCAGGGCCUUCAGCAAGUACUUCAGUUACUCAAAGAUUCUCAGUCUCCAAACACAGCAACCCAACGUAUUGUGCAAGAUAAACUGAAACAGCUCAACCAGUUUCCCGAUUUCAAUAACUACUUGAUAUUUGUCUUGACGCGGCUGAAAUCUGAGGAUGAACCAACGCGUUCUCUGAGUGGUCUGAUCCUGAAGAACAACGUGAAGGCUCAUUACCAGAGUUUCCCUCAGCCAGUUGCAGAAUUCAUUAAGCAAGAAUGUCUUAACAACAUAGGAGAUGCUUCUUCUCUUAUCAGAGCUACCAUUGGAAUUCUUAUCACCACCAUUGCGUCGAAGGGAGAGCUGCAGAUGUGGCCAGAGCUUCUGCCCCAGCUCUGCAACCUGCUCAACUCUGAGGACUAUAACACCUGUGAAGGGGCUUUUGGUGCCUUACAGAAGAUCUGCGAAGAUUCCUCUGAGCUCCUGGACAGUGAUGCUCUCAAUCGGCCACUUAAUGUCAUGAUCCCAAAGUUUCUACAGUUCUUCAAGCACUGCAGCCCCAAAAUUAGGUCCCAUGCCAUUGCCUGUGUUAACCAGUUCAUCAUGGACAGGGCCCAAGCACUGAUGGAUAACAUAGACACUUUCAUUGAGCAUCUCUUUGCCCUGGCAGUAGAUGAAGAUCCCGAGGUUCGGAAAAACGUUUGCCGAGCGCUGGUGAUGCUGCUCGAGGUGCGGAUCGACCGAUUGAUCCCUCACAUGCACAGUAUCAUUCAGUACAUGUUGCAGAGGACCCAGGACAGCGAUGAGAAUGUGGCAUUGGAGGCAUGUGAAUUUUGGCUGACCUUGGCUGAGCAGCCUAUCUGCAAGGAGGUGCUCUCUUCGCAUCUGGUGCAGUUGAUUCCAAUUUUGGUGAAUGGAAUGAAAUAUUCUGAAAUUGAUAUCAUAUUGCUAAAGGGUGACGUAGAAGAAGACGAGGCCAUCCCUGACAGCGAACAGGACAUCAAGCCUCGUUUUCACAAGUCACGGACGGUUACUCUGCAGCAUGAAGAGGAACGGCUGCAAGAUGACGAAGAUGGAGAGGAUGAGGAUGAUGACGAUGAUACACUUUCCGAUUGGAAUCUGAGGAAGUGCUCUGCUGCAGCCCUUGACGUCUUAGCCAAUGUCUUCAGAGACGAGCUCCUCCCGCAUCUCCUCCCGCUGCUCAAGGGGCUGCUCUUCCACCCCGAGUGGGUCAUCAAGGAGUCGGGGAUCCUUGUUCUAGGAGCCAUUGCUGAAGGCUGCAUGCAGGGCAUGGUCCCCUACCUCCCGGAGCUGAUUCCCCACCUGAUCCAGUGUCUCUCGGACAAGAAGGCCCUCGUGCGUUCCAUCGCCUGCUGGACCCUGAGCCGUUACGCCCACUGGGUUGUGAGCCAGCCCCCAGAUAUGUAUCUCAAGCCUCUGAUGACCGAGCUGCUGAAGCGGAUUCUCGAUAGCAACAAGAGAGUGCAGGAGGCUGCUUGCAGUGCAUUUGCCACCCUUGAGGAGGAGGCGUGCACUGAGCUGGUCCCGUAUCUCAGCUUCAUCCUGGAUACUUUGGUCUUUGCCUUUGGGAAAUACCAGCACAAGAACCUGCUGAUCCUGUACGAUGCAAUUGGCACUCUGGCUGAUUCUGUUGGGCACCACCUCAACCAGCCGGAGUACAUCCAGAAACUGAUGCCCCCGCUGAUCCAGAAGUGGAAUGAGUUGAAGGAUGAAGACAAGGAUCUUUUCCCUCUCUUGGAAUGCUUGUCAUCUGUAGCAACUGCUCUCCAGAGUGGCUUUCUACCAUACUGUGAACCUGUCUACCAGCGUUGCGUGACUCUGGUGCAGAAGACCCUCGCUCAAGCCAUGAUGUAUAGUCAACACCCAGACCAGUACGAGGCUCCUGAUAAAGACUUCAUGAUCGUAGCUCUGGACCUGCUGAGUGGGUUGGCUGAAGGCCUGGGGUGUCACGUGGAGCAGCUUGUAGCACGGAGCAAUAUCAUGACUCUGCUGUUCCAGUGCAUGCAGGACACCAUGCCAGAGGUUCGGCAGAGCUCUUUUGCACUCUUAGGGGAUCUUACCAAAGCCUGUUUCAUGCACGUCAAGCCGUGCAUUGCUGAAUUCAUGCCCAUCUUAGGGACCAACUUGAAUCCAGAAUUCAUUUCUGUGUGCAAUAACGCCACUUGGGCUAUUGGAGAAAUCUGCAUGCAGAUGGGAGCUGAAAUGCAGCCAUAUGUCCAGAUGGUCCUGAAUAACCUUGUGGAGAUAAUCAACCGCCCAAACACCCCCAAAACACUUCUGGAGAACACAGCCAUCACGAUUGGACGCUUGGGUUACGUCUGCCCUCAGGAGGUGGCACCGAUGCUGCAGCAGUUUAUCAGACCCUGGUGUACGUCUCUGAGGAACAUACGUGAUAAUGAAGAGAAGGACUCGGCCUUCCGUGGCAUCUGUAUGAUGAUCGGAGUAAACCCUGGUGGGGUUGUUCAGGAUUUUAUUUUCUUCUGCGAUGCUGUUGCUUCCUGGGUGAGCCCAAAAGAUGACCUGAGGGACAUGUUUUAUAAGAUUCUUCAUGGGUUCAAAGAUCAAGUCGGGGAGGACAACUGGCAGCAGUUCUCAGAGCAGUUUCCUCCGCUUCUGAAGGAGAGGCUAGCUGCAUUCUAUGGGGUCUAGAUGAAGCAGCAAAACCGUACUCGGUUCCUGUGUGCGCUGGGAGGGAUACUGGGAACAUCCACAACCCAGUGUUGCAGAUCCCUGUUAAUGGGGGGUUAGGGAGGACGGGAAGAGCAUUGUGGGACAUAAAAUGACUUAGCUCCUCAUCUCCUGAAAUUUACAAAGUUGGGGGGGGAGGGUG